AUGAACGUCGCGUUCGAGGAGCUCGAGCGAACGGUGACUCCAGCAGAUUCAGGGGCCUUCCGCUCAGUAGAAGUUGAGCAUGUUCGAAUCGAAGCCCUCGACAUAGAGAAGCAAUUAGCCGUACGACAAGCACUCUGCAACAUGCGUCGUCUGGAGCCUUUGCUAAGAGGCUUAGAGCACUACGCUAGAGUCGUCGAUGUUCUUUGCAAUGGCACACCGUUUCUGCCCUGGAUAUGGGCACCAAUAACAUUGAUCCUGAGAGUGGCCUCGGAGUAUAUGGAGAGCUUCCAGCAGAUUAUGAAAGGAUAUAGUAGGAUCGCAGAUGCACUCGGUCGAUUCAAAAUCCUCAGCGACACAUUCAUUGCUGAACCUGGAUUCCAGCAGAUACUCGCUGUCUUUUAUGCAGAUAUUCUCCAAUACCACAUUCAUGCGUACCGAUUCGUCCGACGUCCGGGGUGGAAACUUCUGUUCCUGACGUCAUGGGGUCGCUUUCAGAGGCGCUUCGACAACAUACUCCAAGAUCUGGAGUAUCAUGGACAGCUUGUUGACCAGGAGGCCAAUGCUCUCAGCAUCGCCGCUAUGGCUGAUUUGCGUCAGCAGCAUACUGAUUGGAGAGAAAAGAGCCUUCAUGGUAUCAUUCUAGCAGAGAAGCAGCAAGCUGUUAGGGAGUAUACAUCUAUACUCUCCUGGCUCAAAGUCGAUGAGUCAGAACAGGGUCAAAUUAUUGAAGCGAUAUCCGAUGAAGAAGCGAAGUUUCCAGGGACGUGUUCAUGGCUAAGCAAGGACAUGAAAAUCAAACUUUGGUUAAGAGCCAAACCCGAACAGCCCUUUCUGUGGCUACAGGGAAAUCCAGGCUGUGGAAAAAGCGUAAUUGCAGCCAAGCUCGUAUAUUUCCUGCAAUUGACAGCAGUGAAAGCGCCAUCCACGAAUCGUGUCAUUUGUCAUUUCUGCACCUAUACUUUCCCAUCGUCGACAAGAUACGAGGGAGUUCUUAAAUCGAUUAUCCGACAACUCCUACUGAAUAGUGAUGAGCUCACUGCACAUGUCUACCAGGAGUGCAUCGUGGGUAAGAAACAGGCCAGUACAAUCUUUUUGGAGAGACUCAUUUUGACGCUCAUUACCGCCCUGUCGGACGAACCACAUGAGCCGUUGUGGAUUUGGAUCAUUAUCGAUGGGAUCAAUGAGUGUGAAAACGAAAAGCAGGCGCGUCUGGUCAGCCUGAUGAACCAGAUAUCAUCUCUCCCUGCAUCCAAUCAUGGAGUGACCUGCAAGGUGCUCCUUACAACAAGGCCAUCACCGAACGUCAGAGGUUUCCUCAAAACCAAAAGAAAGCAGGUAAUCUACCUUAGUGACGAACAAAGUCCGCUCCUCUCCGCAAUUCGGCUGUAUGUCUCUCGGAGACUAGAUUCUAUGCAUGUAAAGUUGCAGCAAUUAGAGCUCGAGGCGCAUGAAAUUGAGGCUAUGGAGGAACUAGUCUCCCAAAAAGCCAGCGGUAUGUUUUUGUAUGCUCGUCUGGUGCUUGAUUAUAUCAAUGCGAACAUCUUCUUCACUGGCGAUGAGCUGAGAGAUGCGAUCAAUCAGCUACCUGCGACAUUGAACGAGUUCUACCAGAAGCUGUUAUAUCAGAUCCUUGCUCGCUUGAACGAACAGUCUCAAGAAAGAGUGAGAUGCAUCUUUGGGUGGAUAGCGUUCGCCAAAAGACCACUGAAAAAGCUCGAGUUUCUUUCUGCACUAUCUUUCACCUCCGGUAAUUACAAUCUGACCAGACUAGUACCAAGAUACGUGGUCGAAGAUAUUUGCAGCUCUCUUGUUGAAGAAAGACGAGAUGGUUCUUUGACAUUCAUUCAUGUGUCAGUGAAACAUUUCCUCCAAACGUCAUCAAGCGCGAUAAUCUUGCGAGAAGAGGAAUCGCUGAAUGAACAUGGAAUUGCGGCCGUCAGUUGCCUCCUCUCCGGCCUCCAAGUCAUGAACGAGUCGUACGACGAACAAAAGAAAAUGUUGCGCUUCGUCAAAGGGAUUCAUGGCUUUCAUGUCUAUGCCACAGAAUAUUGGACUGAGUACCUGCUCGCGAAUGCGAGGACUACGGGCGGUCUCAAGAAAGGACUCGUGGAAGUAGCCACUCGUCUCGCCGAUGUACUUGACAAACUUGAAGAUACGAGCCCUCUCGGAUUUCCAUUGCCAAAGGCUACUAUUGAUAUUAAAGAUGAUCGUUUGGCUCUGCUUGAAGGGUACGGGUCUUUGCGCAAGCAUAUGGAGAGAUCACUUUUCGCUCGGUCCAAACAACGCUUUGAGUCCGAGCUUCAGGCAACAACUGGGCCUGCUAGUGGUGUACCAAAGACCUUCGUUCAUCAGGACGGAAUCUCCGCUGCAUUGGACCUCUACCAGAAAACCGUAGAAACGAUUCUCGGACAGGACUCAUGUCCAGGGGCGUCCGCCAAAGAGCUCGAGCUAUUUAAGAGCCAAUUUCGAACGUCUGCGUAUACGUGCCGACUAAGAUCUUGUCCGCGCGCUACCAUAGGCUUCAAAAACCAGCAGUUGCGCCAGGAGCAUGAGGUAUGUCAUGCUGGAGGCUUUCGCUGCAGCUUCGCAGGAUGUCAGUAUCCACCAUAUCGCAACCAAAGAAGUCUCUCUGCCCACGUAGCUUCUGUGCAUGAAUCAGCGAUCAAGUUGCCUAGGCGCACUAUACGAAAAUCAGGAAAUUUCAGACUCAAGGUUAAGUCCUCCAUUACAGGGCAUGAGGGCAAUCCAAGGGCAAUGUUUGAGCCAGACCAAGUAUCUGCCGUCCCCGAACCGACGCCCCUGGAAAAACAAAUUAUAUCAGGGGAACCCCGGGUCGAUGAGAGGGUUCUCGACACUGGAUCUGAUUCUGACGUCGGCAUCGGCUAUGUCGAUAUCGUUAUGGACAAGAUCAUCGGAGGCACAGGCAUAAGCAUGGACCCGGCACUCGCCAACCGAGUGAACGCGAGCCUGUUCCAGAAUAUGAACGCUAUGUGCAGCCUUGCCGAGAUUGCCGAUAAUCUUAGAGACGGUUCAGCCGAAGCGUUGACUCCAGAGUUGAUCAUAACAAAGAUCUGGUCAAACUGCCAUCCAGAACUUGCCCAAGAGCUGAGGCAAUUCAUAUGUGGGCAGAACGUUGCCUCAGAGGAAGCGAAUCAAGUCUCUCGACAUUGUUCAUGUCACGAGAAAGACACUGAAGACAUGAUAGUAUGUUACAACGCUACAUGUCCACGUGGAUGGUUUCAUCUUUCGUGUGUAAAUAGGGUCAUCACACCAGUACAAGGUGAGACGUGGUUUUGCAGCAUAGCCUGCGAAAAAGCAGAAAAGGCACGAGAGAAAGAUGAUGAAGAUGCAUCGGAUUCGGAUUACUAUUAG